AGGAAUGUGCCAUCCUAGUACUAAAUCUUACACUUUGAUUUGAUUUGAUUUGCUUUUGACCCAACAUUACAAAAUCUCUGGAUUUUCUCUCCUCUUCCAUUCACAUUAUCGCUCGUUUCUUCAGGCAGAGAAAAAGGCUGAAGAAGAAGUGUUUUUAGUUGAGUUUUUCUGAUCUGUUUCGGCUGCUCCUGACGAGGAGUUGGACUGCAUUGGACUUUGAACCUUGCGUUUUCGGUUUCGAUAAGGGUAGCAAAUUCGAUCUUUUAGUGUUUGCUUCCUUGUUAAGAAGUUGGGAGGUUAGGGAUAAUUGAACUGGAAAAGUUUUUGUUUGGUUGCCGAGAAAAUCUGAGCAAAAAACACUUUACAUUGAGAGUUUGUUUCUUCUAAUAAUCGUUGUUAUUAAAAAAUUUUGAAAAGGGCUGAAUUUAGCUCUUUAAAUCUUAUUGUCUGUUCAGUUGUUUUUGCUACUAUGUUAAUUGUUCAUAUAAAAAUUCUUGAAUUUCAGAUUUCAUUGUGGUUGCUGUUACUUUAAUGAGUUUCAAUCUUAAUAGCAAAUGUGCUUUUUGUUCAAUGUUUUCUUUAAAGGAUUUUAUUGAAAAAAAGAAAAAGAGAGAGAGAGAGAGAGAGAGAACCCAAAGCACAGAAGUCAAAAGUAGCUUUCUUUUGCUUUCGCUUGGGUACCAAACUUUUACUUUUUUUUUUUUUCUUUAAAUCUUUAAACUAUAUACUUUUAAUGAUGGAGGUAGUAGGUCUGUCCUUUUACUAAAAAACAAUAAAUACUUGGUGAAAAUUUGAAGUUCUCGCUUCUUGUUGGCUAAUUGCAUGGAUUAAAACUUUACCCUUUCUUCCUUUCUACUAUCAGGAAAGUAGGCGUUGUUGAUUGUUGAAUUGAAGUAAAUACAUGGCUACUAUAAGUGAUAUUGGAGUUGCAGCAGCUAUCAAUAUUCUCAGUGCUUUUGCUUUCUUUUUGGCAUUUGCAAUUCUUCGGAUUCAACCUGUGAAUGACAGGGUUUACUUCCCAAAAUGGUAUCUCAAGGGUUUAAGGAGCAGCCCUUUGGUGAAUGGUGCAUUCGUAGGCAAGUUCGUGAAUUUGGACUUCAGGUCAUAUGCCAGGUUUCUGAGCUGGAUGCCUGCCGCACUCCAAAUGCCGGAGCCUGAGCUGAUUGACCAUGCCGGAUUGGAUUCUGCUGUUUACUUGAGGAUUUACUUGUUGGGGCUUAAAAUUUUUGUUCCUAUUGCAAUUAUAGCAUUUACGAUCAUGGUACCAGUUAAUUGGACUAAUAAUACCCUGGAGCAUUCUGGUUUAACAUACAGCGGUAUAGAUAAGCUCUCUAUAUCAAAUAUUCCAACUGCAUCACAUAGAUUUUGGACACAUUUGGUAAUGGCUUAUGCCUUUACCUUUUGGACAUGCUACAUGCUGAAAAGAGAGUAUGAGAUAGUGGCAGCAAUGAGAUUAUAUUUCCUUGCAUCAGAACAACAGCGCCCAGACCAAUUUACAGUACUGGUUAGAAAUGUCCCACCUGAUCGCGAUGAAUCAGUUAGUGAGUUUGUGGAACAUUUCUUUCUUGUCAACCAUCCAGAUCACUAUCUCAGUCAUCAGGUUGUUUAUAACGCUAACAAGCUUUCAGAAUUAGUCAAUGAGAAGAAUAAAAUUCAGAAUUGGCUUGACUUCUAUCAAAAUAAAUAUGCAAGGAAUCCCUCUAGGAGACCCUCAGUGAAGACUGGUUUCCUUGGCCUUUGGGGGAACAGUGUAGAUGCAAUCGAUUUUUAUACGUGCAAAGUUGAGAGAUUAUCUAGAGAUAUAUCUGCCGAGAGAGAGAAGGUUACUAACAACUCUAAAUCAAUCUUGCCAGCAGCAUUUGUUUCCUUCAAAACUCGAUGGGGAGCUGCUGUUUGUGCACAAACUCAACAGUCUAGGAACCCAACUAUGUGGUUGACUGAGUGGGCUCCAGAACCACGAGAUGUGUACUGGGAAAACCUAGCAAUUCCAUUUGUCUUUCUCGCAAUAAGGAGGCUCAUUGCUGCUGUUUCAUUUUUCUUCCUUACAUUCUUUUUCAUGAUUCCUAUAGCAAUAGUACAAUCCCUUGCUAACAUAGAGAGCAUUGAGAAGGCACUUCCCUUCCUAAAACAUAUAAUUGAACUGAAAUUCAUAAAGUCAUUAAUUCAAGGUUUUCUUCCUGGGAUUGCUCUGAAGAUAUUUCUUUUAUUUCUGCCCACAAUAUUGAUGAUAAUGUCAAAGUUUGAAGGAUUUAUUAGCCUAUCGGCUCUGGAAAGGAGAUCUGCAAGUAGAUACUAUUUCUUCCAAUUUAUUAAUGUUUUUCUUGGGAGCAUAAUUACUGGAACUGCAUUUCAGCAACUAAAUAGUUUUAUUCACCAGUCCACUAAUCAGAUACCAAAGACAAUUGGUGUCUCAAUUCCAAUGAAGGCAACAUUCUUCAUUACUUAUAUAAUGGUUGAUGGUUGGGCUGGUGUUGCUGCGGAGAUACUGAGGUUGAAACCCUUGAUAAUCUAUCACUUAAAGAAUUUCUUCUUGGUUAAGACUGAAAAGGACCGGGAAGAGGCAAUGGAUCCUGGAACCAUUGGUUUCAAUACUGGCGAACCUCAAAUACAACUUUACUUCUUACUUGGUCUUGUUUAUGCUGUGGUGACUCCUAUCUUGCUUCCCUUUAUAAUAGUAUUCUUUGGCUUAGCUUAUGUGGUAUACCGUCAUCAAAUCAUUAAUGUCUACAAUCAGGAAUAUGAAAGUGCUGCAGCAUUCUGGCCUGAUGUUCAUGUACGUAUCAUUGCUGCAUUAAUAGUCUCACAGCUGCUACUAAUGGGAUUAUUGAGCACAAAGGAAGCUGCUCAGUCAACUCCAUUGCUUAUCACCCUUCCUGUAUUGACCAUAUGGUUCCACAGAUUCUGCAAAGGGCGAUAUGAACCAGCUUUUAUCAGAUAUCCUUUACAGGAAGCAAUGAUGAAGGAUACAUUAGAGCGCACAAGGGAAGUGAACUUGAACUUGAAAGGAUUCCUUCAGAAUGCAUAUAUUCACCCGGUUUUCAAAAGUGCAGAUGAUAGUGACAGUGAUAUAGCUAUGGAAGAGUGGGAACAAGAACCUGCACUCAUUGCAACAAAGCGCUCGUCUAAAAGGGCCACUCCAAUGCCUAGUAAACAUAGCAGAUCAUCACUCUCUCUGCCUGAAGUUAACAAUGAAUGCUCAAAACCUUAGAAGCUUAUUGGCUAAGAUGUUGGUUCGCAUUGUGGUGUUUAGGAGGUUGAAGCGGUUGAAUUGCCUAUCCCUUCCGGCCCCUUGCAGAAAAUCUUAGAAAUUCUUAUACAUUGUAAAUGAGUAGAGGUUUCAUAGAUAGUUUUGAUUUCAGGAUCACUCAAUUAUUGAAUUCAAAGGUAAUUCCUCAGACUUUUAAUGUAUAUCUGCCCCCUCCCCAUAAUGGAUUUGAACUUCCAAGUACUUUGUGUUGGUGGCUGGCUGGCUACUUGAGUAUAGUUGAGUUUUGAUGAAGAUCAAACUUUGAUUAGCGAUUUGACCUUAUUUUAAUUCAGAUUCAGCUAAAACUUCACGUAAGCAGUAAGCCUGGGGAUCAUUGAUGCAAAAAUUUGGCUCUGUGAUCAAACAGAGCAGGCAGAUUCUUUUUUGAUGAAGUUGUUUUAGCAGAAAUUAUAAUUAUAAUCAAACAGAAUGUAUACCUAUAUUUACAGGAAUGAUCAAAUUUAUUGACGGUAGAGGUUUUUUUUUUUUUCUUUAACUCUAAUAACAAUG